CCAGAGCAAAUUAUUUAAUUAUGACAGAGUGCGGACUACUAACUAUAGGCUGCUGUAAGCGCUACAGGUACGGCGUAUCAUGGCAGUACGGGUUUUAGACGACGGGACAAAGCCGAUGAUUGGCUUAACGUUGAACAACUCGAUAGUUGGGUCAAGAACAGCCGAUGAUACUUAUAGUUGUCGCGUUUAGAUAAUAUAUUAGAAUUCCUUUUGAUUUCAUCAUCAUUCGGACAUAGAAUACCGAAAUGUUUCGAUGAGAUAGCAAUAAAAGUUAUAAAAAACGAUUCGUGCAAAAAACUGACGUUCAAUUGUAAUUCAAAAAUUAUGGUAUUGAAAGAAGAAUGUCCAUUAAUUCUUUGUUCAUAAUACCACCACAUAAACAAUUAUUCAUCAUUGAUGAACGAUUCAGGACCAAUUAAUCCAUUAGACAAUGGAUGUUUGUCUUAUUAUUUUGAUGACUUGUCAAUCAGUGAUCAAGAAACUGUAGCUGAAGAUGUCACCUAUACAAUCGAUUCGGACGAUAGUAGUUGCUCUAGGACAGCAUGUUCAUCCAUCUUUGGCUCAGGUCCCGAUGAAUUAGAAUCAGAAGCAGCAUUGCAUUCAUCAUGUAGUGGUAGCAUUUCAAAAUCCAAUGAAUGUCUCAUUGACAUUGAUUCAUCGAUUGAUUCUACUAGUCUAAACAUUGGGAAAAGAACUGAAGAUUGUUUAGUUUCAAUUUCAGGUACUCUCAAGUCCAAUCAAAAGAAGAAUUAUGUUGGUGUUAAGUCUUUUGAUUGCACAAGCAACACGACUGUUGACAACAAAGAAAAAGUAGCCGGUAGUACUGCAUUAAUUUUAAAUUGUAGACCUGUUGAAAUUCCUGCCAAAUCAAUCAGUGAGCAAUUGGAACAUGAAAGACUUUAUGAGGAAAUUUUACAAAAUGUUAAGAAAAAAAAAUCUGAAGAAGCAAAAAAACAAAAAGAAAAUUUAAAACAAAAAUUAAAAAAUGAACAACGAUUGACUUAUAUUACGCAGAUUUGGACACAAGAAAUAAUUCCAAAUUGGAAUCAAAUGAGUCAGACAAAAAGAUGCCAUAAUCUUUGGUGGAAUGGUUUGCCUUCUAGUGUACGGGGUAAAGUUUGGUGUUUGGCUAUUGGCAAUGAUCUAAUAAUCAAUGAAGAACUUUACAAGAGUUGUGUUACAAAUUCCUUGAGCAAAUUUAAUGAUUCAGAAGGUAGCAUGCAUUGCCUAGAAUACAUUCAUCUAGAUAUUACUCGUACAUUUCCUCAUUUGGGCAUUUUUCAGCAAAAUGGUCCAUACUUUGAAGUAUUAAAAAGGAUUCUUAGUGCUUAUGUUAGUCUACGGCCGGAUAUCGGUUACGUUCAAGGCAUGUGUUUUAUAGCUGCUAUUUUACUUUUAAAUAUGGAAGAAGUUGAUGCAUUUAUUUGUCUUGUUAAUUUAAUGGAGUCUCCAUGUUUGAAUGCAUUUUACACUGUAAACCAACAUUUGAUGAUGUCAUAUUUUUCUACUUAUAAUGAUCUACUUAAAUUUAAUUUGAAAAAACUUAAUAAUCACUUUAAUCAAAUUGGUCUUACUUCUGAAAUGUAUUUGGUUGAUUGGAUUUAUUCAGUAUUUGCAAAAUCUAUGAAUUUAGAAUUAUCAUCUAUUAUUUGGGAUAACUUUGUAAAGGAUAAGGAUCAAUUCUUAUUUCGUGCUGCUCUAGGAAUCUUACGCAGCAAUGAAUCUCUACUAAUGGAAAUGGAUUCAAUUGCAUGUGCUCAGUAUUUAACCAAAUUACCUGAAAGUUUUACUUCAAGUGCGUUGUUAAAAUCAACUGCAUCUAUCCGUAUGUCAAUUGGAAAACAAUCAUUUAGUAAUUUACUGAUUUAUCAUCAAGAAAAAUAUGCCCAAAACAGUUAAUUUUUUCUGGCAUGGUGAAUGGUACUGUUGAUCAAUUAAUUUUUCCUAUUAUUCCAUGUUGGUUAGUGGUGCUAACAAAGUAUUUUUUUCUUUUUUACUAAAUUGAUGGUUAGUGUUCCUGACCACCAUAAUUAAUUAGUUCUUGUAUCAUCAGUUGUUAGCAUUUAUCAAUAAAUAAUACUAUUUUGAUUUAUUGCUAUGUUGGAAAAAAUUUAAAUGUGUUUAUUAUUAU